UUUUUGAGCCAGUGCUAAUAAAGAAGCCUUUUGUAACUAACUUUAUCUAAAACUUUCGACUUUCAAACAGUUAGUCUCUCUGUUUGGUGAACGAUUAAAAAAAAACUAUGAAGUUAGUCAUUCUUCUGGCCUUUGUCGCAUUAGCAUUUGCCCAGAAAAUUUCUAUACCAGGCGGUGUUUCGGAGAGAAGACACAUUGUAGAAACGGAUGAUGAAGUCUAUCUUUUAACCUCAGCGCUAAGAGACACCGUCGAAAAGCAAAAUGGUGUAAAAUACCAGAAAUUCAAGCCAGAAUCUUACAAAUAUCAAGUUGUCAACGGAUUCAUGUAUUGGGUUAAGGUCAAGGUCGGCCGUGGCGAAUAUAUCUGGGUCAAAUUUCACGUUCCGAUUGCUGCUACUCACCCAUCCUUGUCAGCUGUUGCUCUUCACAAAAAUGUCGAGGACGAAAUUGAGCCCUUUUAAUCAUCAGGCUAUGCUGACUAACAAGCAGAUGACGACUCUCAGUUGAAUUAUCGAUUUCUUAGCUUGUUGUAAACGAAGAUGCCAAGAAUAAAAAAUAUUACGAA